AGAAGCAAAUUAAAGUUAUCAAUCUAAAAAUUGAUUAUUUCCCUAAAAUGUUCGUUGAAAAUGCAAUGGAACGCAUUAGAAUGUGUGUGAUUUACCAAUUAGUGAUAUUAAUAAAUUAUGCUAAAAUAUAAUUCUUUAUAAAAGCAGAGCAAUUAUUCAUAAGCCUGAAAUAAAAAGCUUUGAAACGAAAGUGAAAUCUUCUCUAGUUGACAACGUGUUAAACAUUACGAUAGUAUAGCUUCGUCGCUGAUGUUAGAGACGCGUUCUAUUAAUAUGCAUUUUAUUUUCCACCAAACGUUAAUUAAAUUUUAACCGGUACGUCCGCACGGAAAAUAUGAAACAACUAAAACAAUUUUCAGAGCGUUGAAAGGAAAAUUGUUGGAAUCAAAGCCGACAAUAAUAAUAAAAUCUAAUGUUCAUUGUCAAAAAAAUAAUAAAUAUUAAUAAUUCCGCGGGUGCAUUUAAUAUAUAAAAAAUUUUCCAGCAAAUCUAUUAAUGUAUGCUGAUUAGUUUGUAUCAUUAUGCGUUAUCAUAAGAUUUUAAUCAUAGCUGGAUUCCUCAUAAUCUGGACUUUCGUAUUUUAUUAUUUUAUGCUACGUAAUAGCAUAGAUUUUCCCCUUCCCGAAAAUGAUUAUCGACGUAAGAUGAUGUUUAAAAAAAUAGAAAAUCAAGUAAAACAAGAGCUUAAGAAGAGUGAAAAGCUAACAAACACAGUUUUACGAUAUUUGAAACUAAAUUAUCCAUCGGAAGUUAGCAGCAAUAAAAAACAAGAAUCUCAAACACCUCAACAGAAAGACCAGGCGCCACAACUGCAAUUAGUUGGAGUAGUUCCUCUUACCGACAAGGAACAACAAACAAUUAUGGGUUUGGUUGAACCGCCAGAGCAAGAACAGAAUCAUUUGGAAUUACCUCAUGUUGAAGCUACAAUAAGUCACCUGAAAGAUGGCCAACCCAUAAUACCCAUAUUAGUAUUAGCCUGUAAUCGUGUAUCUAUAGCGAAAUGUCUCGAUAAUUUAAUACAAUAUCGUCCUAACGCGGAACAAUUUCCUAUUAUUGUUUCUCAAGAUUGCGCCGAUGAAGCAACUCGUAAUGUUAUCUUAUCCUAUGAACCGCAACUUACUCUGGUUGAACAACCCGAUCAAUCAGAUAUAUUUGUACCACCGAAAGAGAAAAAAUUUAAAGGUUACUAUAAAAUUUCUCGUCAUUAUAGCUGGGCUUUGAAUUAUACCUUUAGUCAAGGUUAUGAAUAUGUUGUAAUAGUAGAGGAUGAUUUAAACGUAGCUCCAGACUUCUACGAAUAUUUUUUGGGAACACAUCAUUUGCUUAAACAGGAUCCAUCAUUGUGGUGUAUUUCUGCUUGGAAUGAUAACGGCAAAGCUAAAUUUAUAGACGUUUCACAUCCAGAUCUAUUAUAUCGUACUGAUUUCUUUCCUGGAUUAGGAUGGAUGCUAACUAAGAAUCUCUGGCAAGAAUUGUCGGUGAAAUGGCCGAAAUCUUUCUGGGAUGAUUGGAUACGACAUCCGGAGCAACGAAAGGAUCGUGUUUGCAUUAGGCCAGAAAUCUCACGUACCCGUACUUUUGGAAAGAUUGGAGUUUCUAAUGGUUUAUUUUUUGAUAAAUAUUUACGUUACAUAAAGCUUAGCGAAGAAUUUGUACCGUUUACUCAAUUAAAUCUCAGCUAUUUACUAAAAGACAAUUACGAUAAUACUUUUUUGAAGAAAGUUUACACUCUUCCCAUUGUGACAUAUGAUGAAUUGCGACGUAGAUUAAUUAGCAAAGAUGGUCCAGUGCGUAUACAAUAUAUAAACAGAGAACAAUAUAAGCGUAUAACCAAAAUGUUGGGUCUUAUGGAUGAUUUUAAGAGUGGUGUACCGCGCACUGCCUAUCACGGCAUUGUAUCAUUCUUUUAUGAAAAACGACGAGUCUAUUUAGCGCCGAAUCUCAAUUGGAAAGGCUACGAUCUAUCAUGGAGCUAACAGAAUUUCUUCGCUUUAAGUUUAACGUAGUUUGUAAACGAAGGGAUAAAUAAAAACGGGAUUUAAUUUAGAAUCAAAAAUACAAUACAAAAAAGCAAAUAAUGCGUCUAACAUGAUUCCUUGAUAUAUAAUUACUGUAAAACAAGCAGAGUUUUAUGUAAAUUAAAUUAUAAAUUAUAUAGAAUUGAUUUGUAGACAGUGAAAAAAAAAGAACAAAACGAAAGAGAAGAUAACCAAAUAUUUAGCUUAGAAUUUUAGUUAUAAUUUCAUAUA